AUGGACAGCAGCAAGCGGCCACGCGAGGCAUUUCACAAGGAGCAGUGCCUCUCCUUUGUGAAGAAGCUUUGGGCGGCUGACACGCUCGCCAUGUUUCACCAUCCGGUGAGCAGCACCGAGGUGCCCGGCUACUAUGACGUCGUAGAGGCGCCUAUGGACCUGUCCACGAUUCGAAAGAAUAUUGAUGCGGGCAGGUACAACACGGACGCUGAAGUCGAGAACGACGUGGCGCUCAUGCUGUCCAACGCGCUGGAAUUUAAUGAGAAAGGCUCGAAGUGGCAUCAUUUGGCGAAGCAGCUCAAGAAGCGGUACCUGAUUCUUGCGCAGGAGUCUGGACUGUCCUUCGAUGCAGAUCAGGUGUUUAUCCCUACGAAAAAGGUGCGCGACGACGAGUCGACGCUGCGGAAAGCGGAGAAAAAGGGAGGAGAGAAGAUCGAGGAUGUUCUAGAGGUGAUGGAGAAGGAAAAGGAGAUCCCUCUCGAGAAGCUGCGAGCCAUGUACGCGCGCCGAGCGACGGGAGGCGAGGCAGAUCAGCAAAGCACCGACGACUGCAGCGGUGGGGGCAGCGACGAUAGCGAUGAGAUGUCCUCGGUCGAUGAAGACGCGAGUGGCAGUAGCAGCAGUAGCGUCAGUUAUGACAGUACCGAUGAGGAGGAGGAGGACUCGCUCAACUCCUAUAGCGCGUCAAAAGAUGGCGAUGACGAUGAGUGA